UCUGAUCCUCCUUCGUAUCAUCAAUUUAACCGGCGCACAUUUGGAUUUUUUCGUGUAGGAGACCAACGCCGCAAAGUUUCAGGAUCCAGCUACCCGCCUCUAAGAUCGGCGAUCGCGGCCCGUCGGUCGGUCGCUCGAGAGGGGAGAGGCUCGAUAGAUAGAGGGAAUGGUUCCACCGCGGCUUCUCCUUCCAUUUCUUGGUCAUCUUCUUUUAAUCUCCCACCUUGCUCCGUCGAUCUCAGCCGAUCUCUCCUCUCAUGGGUGCUACUGGACUGAAUCAUGUCAAAGCAAAUGGCUUGGAGGAUGUGGUGCAGGUUAUGUCAUAGCUGAUCAGUCAGACAACUGCAAUGGUCUUUGUGAAGAGUCCAGUUACCCACCAUGCCUUCCUUUCCAUACCCAUUUCCAUUGUUGCAAACCAGAAAGUCCAAGGGUAACAAAUAGGUGUGCAAGAUGCCAGAUCAAGUUGGACUUUGGCAGUGAGUACAUAUGUUGCACUGAUUGCUCAGAUCCUUACCUAAUUGACAAGAGUAGCAAAUUGGGUUAUUGUAAGAGUGGUGCAGAGUUAGCCAAGCAGUUAAAACCCCAAGAAAUUUUCAAGUGGGUUGCUGGGCCAUGGAUGAAAUGCUCUUCUCCUUGUGAUGGUGGAGUUCGUUAUCGAGAUGUGGGUUGUUUUGGAUCCAUUGAUUAUGAUGCAUCCAUCAAACACUAUCCAGUAGAUGAUAGCAGAUGUUCUGCAGAAGAAAUGCCUGCUAGACAGGAACCUUGCAAUCUGCACAGCUGUGCAGACUUCAGCAUCAGUGAUUCAAAUAAUGGUGAGCAAAGGGGGAUGUCAAGAUGGUUGGUUGUAUUAUUUGUUCUUCUUGGACUUCUUUCCAUCGGAGGGCUUGGCUUUGCAGGCUACACUUAUUACAAGCGGAGAACCUCAACCCCAAGCGGCUUUGUGUAUAUCAUGCUUGAAGGAUAUUCUUGAAAGAUUGAUUCAUUUCUGCUCAAGGGGAGCAGGCAUUGUUUGUUCUUUGUUGUGUCAUAUUCGGAAUAUUCGUGUAAGUGGUUACAAGCUGGAGGAUGUGCAUGAUUGUAAAAAGUUUGAUUCUCAUAUCCGAGCUCUUACGUCUUAUCAAGCUAUACCUUUGGAGCCAAGCUUUGUUCUUUUCUUUUUUUUUUUUUGUUCGCUGUUUUAUUUCAAAGAACCUGGGAAGGGUUUACCAUGACGAGAAGGCGGCUUGUUAAGUCCGUCUCUAAAUUUAGAAGGUUUGACUUGCAGGCCAUAUUUGCUUGCUGCCAGCAGUAUGAGCUCGGCUGAUACUCCAGUCAACAGAUUUUGUGCCGAUCUUUUCCUCUUUUGUUAAUUCUCUUGUAACAACCAGCCUAAUCCGCAUUUGAAGAAAUCGAAUCUGGUAUCGUUUUCA